AUGCCAGUUUCUAGGCCCGUUCAACCUGCUAGGCCAAAGCAAGAGUCUGCCAAGCCAGUUUCUAGGCCCGUGCAACCUGCUAGGCCAAAGCAAGAGUCUGCCAAGCCAGUUUCUAGGCCUGUGCAACCUGCUAGGCCAAAGCAAGAGUCUGCCAAGCCAGUUUCUAGGCCCGUGCAACCUGCUAGGCCAAAGCAAGAGUCUGCCAAGCCAGUUUCUAGGCCCGUGCAACCUGCUAGGCCAAAGCAAGAGUCUGCCAGGCCAGUACCUAGGCCUGUGCAACCUGCUAGGCCAAAGCAAGAGUCUGCCAAGCCAGUUUCUAGGCCCGUGCAACCUGCUAGGCCAAAGCAAGAGUCUGCCAGGCCAGUACCUAGGCCCGUGCAACCUGCUAGGCCAAAGCAAGAGUCUGCCAGGCCAGUUCCUAGGCCCGUGCAACCUGCUAGGCCAAAGCAAGAGUCUGCCAAGCCAGUUUCUAGGCCCGUGCAACCUGCUAGGCCAAAGCAAGAGUCUGCCAGGCCAGUACCUAGGCCCGUGCAACCUGCUAGACCAAAGCAAGAGUCUGCCAGGCCAGUUCCUAGGCCCGUGCAACCUGCUAGGCCAAAGCAAGAGUCUGCCAGGCCAGUUCCUAGGCCCGUGCAACCUGCUAGGCCAAAGCAAGAGUCUGCCAAGCCAGUUCCUAGGCCCGUGCAACAGUCAGCUGCUCUGCUGACGAAAGAUAUUUCUUCCCUGCCAUCUUCUAAAGUAGUCCGGAACUUCCGAAAUUUAUACGUGCUGGCUAGAUACAAUCCAAAGUUAAACCAUAUGUACCGAAUCUUCUACGUUGCUUUAAAUGUCAGAGAUUCGGACAUUCGCAGGGAACUUGCCAUGGCAGCCGUCGAUGUGCCAAAUGCUCAGCUGAUGUUCAUGAAACUUCAGUUUGUAGCUCACAGACCUUCAAAUGUUUAA